AUGCAUUUACUUGGUAUUUUUUCUUGGCUGGGCUUGCCUGGAAGUAUUGUCCUUCUAAUAGGACAAGGCGCAGUUUUCUGUAAGUUUGCAAAAUUAAGACACAUUUUUAAGAGCCAAUAAUUCUAUCAGCUUUAUGGAUGUCAGUAAUUGCUGUGUUCCAAAAUCGUCAUAGUUAUGUAGCAUCUAUAAAAUAUAAAUUCAUCAAAAAAAGAUCCAUGAUUUUAUAUUAUUUUCUAUGUUACUUGUUUGGUUUUGCCGCUCUGAGUACAUAUUCGUUUGAUGGUACUAAGGAUUUAGAUAAAAAAGUCUAUUUACUAGAAACAAGUCCAUAUAAAUGUCCACCGAUUGAAUACUUUGAUGAGAAUACUUGGUUGUUAUCUGGUAAAAUUGCUCAUGUUACUAUUAUUGUGGCAACAAUGACUGCUCUCAUAAUAAUCAAUUCAUUUUAUUUUGUAUUAACAUCUGCUUAUCAUUUAACUAUGGUAUCAACAACAUCAAUUUCAAAAAGAACUAAAAAUUUACAAUUGAAAUUUUUGACCGCACUAAUUAUUCAAAUUUGUAUUCCACUGGUUGUUUUAGCAUUUCCUGUUCUUGCAAUGUGUUUUAUUCUUUUGUGGGGAAUAAUCAAUCAAAAUGUUAAUCAUUUAUUGAUAAUUAUAAGUGGAACACAUGGAAUUUUGACAAGUUUGUCUCUAAUUCUCAUUCACAAACCAUACAGACAUCAUGCUUUGAAAGUUAUCAAAUGCAAACGGGAAAAAGUCAAAUCAAGUAAUUCUGUGAAGAUCAUUUUAAAUUCCAAUGUCAAAGAAAUAUCAGAAAGCCGAGUUCGAUAG